GGCCGUGCGCUGCGUUAAGCGGGUGCACGGCGCGGGCACCCGCGCGGCGUGAUGUUUCAUGUAAAUUCAUAGAGCAGCGCUGCGUAAGGCGGAACGCCCGUCACACGCGGCGCGGGCGACGGGGGUACGCUCGCGUGUCCGUGCGACGGAGCACGCGAGCGGAGAUGUUUCUAGAAAAUCAGUGAGCGCCGCUGCGUUAUCCGUGUCGCACGCGCCGUGCUUGUACAAUCAAGUUGAUAAACAUGAGUGAUAUUGAUACGGAACGUGUUAUUUUAGAAGUGCAAUGUCGCCCCGCUUUAUGGGAUCUGUCUAACAACUUGUAUAAAGACAGGGAUGCGCGUCAAGCUGCAUGGCUCGAGAUUUGUAAAGAAUUAUACGAAAAUUAUGAGGACUUCAGUGACACAGAAAAAAAGUCAACAGAAAAAAAAAUACAAGCGCGAUGGAAAACCGCGAGAGAUUGCUAUACGAAAGUCAAAGCUAGUAACAAGAAACUUAAGUCUGGUUCUGGUGCUAAAAAAGGAAAAGGGUACAGCUAUUAUAAUAUUAUGACUUUUCUGGACUCUAACAAAAGAGUAGAAGGACAAGAAUCUUUGGAAAAUUCUCAGGACGACUCUUCGGGUCAUACAAGUACACUUGAAUUGUCCCAACACCCAAUAGUUGACACUAGUGAGGUGUUAAUACCUGAGACCAGUACAUCUGGAAAUGAAAAUGACACAGCAAGCAGAGAAACGCAAAAACAAUCAAAGCGUAAAAAGGCGUCGUCGCCGACUCCUUUUGAAAUACAAUUAUUACAAUCCAUACAACACAAAAAGGACGAAGAAAAUGAUGAAGACUUGUCAUUUUUUAAAUCUAUUAUGCCAAACAUAAAAAAAUUGUCUACAUAUCAAAAAUUAUUGUUUCGAUCAAAGGUAUUAAACUUAUUAAUUGACAUUGAAAAAGAAAAUGUUAUUACAUUGGAGGAUUUAUCGAACAUCGUACUGACAAAUGACACUCAAGCAGAACAUUAAUCCUAUUAUCAAUUAUUUACUGCAUUUAUACUCUAUUUGAAGAAAGACAAAGAUUGGAAGUAGCCUUAUAAUAUUGUUAAUUAUGAUAAUUACAAUGACUGUGAUUUUGAUUUACUUUACGUAUGUACCUACACUACCAAAUUGUUAUACUUAGUUCUCAUUAAAGUAAUUGUAGAUUAAAAUAUUGUUAAUUAUAAUAAGUGAUAAAU